GCCUGACAAUGGCCCGUUAGGGGCAAAAUACAGCCAGAGUAUGAUAUCAAUUGCGAGAGGAACAAGGAGCAUCGAUAUUCCGGGCGACCGCACUCACCCCGCCGAUAUCAGGACCCGGCUGCCAAAACUCACCCGUUAGUGAGGUACCUGGCCGGCCCUAGCACCGCCCGCAGCGCGGCCAAGUCCCUCUGCAUCAUCCCACUAUCAACGCUGCUAUCACCCCGCCAUUCCCAAAAAUUCCUGUGACUCAAAGGCAGCGAGAGCGACAAACCACGACUUUGGUCUUUGCCUGGCACAUCAACUCAGCAUCGAAUCUCGUCGCCACCAUGCCGACCAUUUCCGUCGACAAAUACAAGCUCUUCGAGGCCCUUGGCCGAAAAUUCACCAAGCCAGAGUUCGAGGACCUCUGCUUCGAAUUCGGCAUCGAGCUUGACGAAGACACCGAAGACGAGGAGCGUCCCAUCGUCGACGGCGUCCAGGAGCCUCCCCAGCUCAAGAUCGAGAUCCCCGCCAACCGAUAUGACAUGCUCUGCUUCGAGGGCAUUGCCCUCAACCUCAACAUCUUCAUGGGCCGCACCGCGCCCCCCAACUUCAGAGUCGUAGAGCCCAAGGACGGCAUCCUCCAGACCAUUACCGUCUCUCCCGAUACCGCAAAGGUCCGGCCCUACGUGUCUGGCGCCAUCCUCCGCAACAUCAAGUUCACCCAGGAUCGAUACGAGUCCUUCAUUGCGCUGCAGGACAAGCUCCACCAGAACUUGGCUCGCCAGCGAACGCUCGUGUCCAUCGGAACCCACGACCUGGACACCAUCAAGGGUCCCUUCACAUACGAGGCACUGCCUCCCCGGGACUUCAAGUUCGUCCCCCUGAACCAGACCCAGGAGCUCACUGGCGAGACCCUCAUGACCUUUUACGAAAACGACCGCCAUCUUGGACGCUACCUACACAUCAUCAAGGAUGCCCCCGUAUACCCCCUCAUUCUCGACUCCAACCGAGUCAUCUGCUCGCUGCCCCCCAUCAUCAACGGUGACCACUCCAAGAUCACCGUCAACACCACAAACGUCUUCAUCGAGAUCACCGCCACCGACAUCACCAAGCUGGACAUUGUCACCGACAUCAUGGUCACCAUGUUCUCUCAGUACUGCGCUGAGCCCUUCACCGUGGAGCCCGUCAAGAUCAUCUCGGACCACAACAACCAGACCCGCGUCACUCCCCAUCUGCGUCCUCGCGUCACCCACGCCGAGGUCGACUACCUCAACAGCUGCACUGGCCUCAACGAGUCCCGCGAGAACCUCUGCAAGCUCCUCUCCAAGAUGGCCUACGUCGCUCGGCCGUCGGACAAGGACUCCAACCUGCUGGAGGUGGCCGUCCCCCCUACCCGUGCCGAUGUCCUGCACCAGGCCGAUAUCAUGGAGGACGUCGCCGUCUGCUACGGUUUCAACAGACUGCCUCGCAGCUCCCCCAACCGCGGCGCCACCGUUGCUGCCCCUCUCCCCAUCAACAAGCUCAGCGACAUUGUGCGCAUCGAGGCCGCCAUGGCCGGAUGGAGCGAGGUCAUGCCCCUAACUCUCUGCAGCCACGACGAGAACUUUGCCUGGCUCAACCGCAAGGACGACGGCAACACCGUUGUGAAGCUGGCCAACCCCAAGACGCUGGAGUACCAGGUCGUCCGCACCUCCCUCCUGCCCGGCCUGAUCAAGACCAUCCGCGAGAACAAGAGCCACAGCUUGCCCAUCAAGAUCUUCGAGGCCGCCGACGUCGUCUUCAAGGACGAAAAAUCCGAACGGAGAGCCCGCAACGAGCGCCACUUCGCCGCCGCCUGGUGCGGAAAGUCCAGCGGCUUCGAGAUCGUCCACGGCCUGCUGGACCGCCUGCUGCUGAUGCUGCGCACCAACUUCAUCGCCGACGGCGGCAAGACCGCUACCGUCAAGCCCGAUGGCUACUGGAUCGAGGAGCUCAACGAGGAUACCUUCUUCCACGGCCACGCCGCCGCGGUGUAUCUCCGACUGGGAGGCAAGGAGCAGCGCAUCGGCGAGUUUGGCAUUCUGCAUCCCUCUGUGCUAGAAAAAUUCGAUCUAAGAUUCCCCGUCAGUACUUUGGAGAUUAACCUAGAAGUCUUCUUAUAAUCUACAUAAAAAAAAA